ACUCAAGAUUCUAGUGUCAGUAGCGUCGGAUAGCCCGUGAUUCUGAGAGGGGAGGCCUCCUAAAUUCGAAGUCCUCUCUUCAAUCCUACAACCAUGACUAUGGCGGUCGGAUUCUUGUCGCUUCCUACAGAGCUCAUAUGUCACAUUCUAAUCCUUAACCCCAGGGACAUUAGUCGCUGUGCAUGACAUGCAAUAUCUUUUGGCUUGCGGUCCGGAAUUCUGUCCACAUUCAAUACAAGCUUGAAAUUUAUGCUCAGGGCUUGACUAGUACUGGGGCCGCUACCAUGAAUUCGACCGGCGUUUCCAAAAAGAUUCUGUGUUCGCUCAAGACAUUGGCAUCUUUGUGGCGAUCUGACUUCCAUGCGACCACUACCUUUGAAUCAGUGGUCGCUAUUGCUGCCACUGAAUAUAUUCCAUUUUUACCCGCGAUCCAAGAUGUGAAAUGUGGGCUUUGGUGGUCUUACUCGCUGGACGAAGACAAAUUCUACAUUCAGGAUUGUGGCAUGAAUCCUACACUCUCCCGGACAUGGUUUAUCGAUGAUGUCGACCGCUUUCUUACUACCUUCGACCCUCUGCAGGAUCUUAUGGUUGUGUGUUCUGAGCAUCAUCAUUAUGUCGCUGUGACCGAUGCGGAACAAGAUUACCGUGUCUGUCGGGUGGAGUUCCGACUGGCUUCAUCCCAGUGUCCACAUCCCAGUGCUGCGUGCACUUCCUUGGAGUGCAAGCAUACCUUUGAUGCACUGCCUGGCUAUUACCGUGCUGCUUUGUCACCGCCUGUAAUCUGUGGUGAUCGCGUAUUUAUUCUCUAUUACAUAGAGAACACGGCGGAUGACUGCCAUCCUCAGCCUGCAUCCGGCAUGUUCAUACAAGUGAUCAAUUGGAGGGGGGGAUAUGUGAAUAGGGUGAGUUCCCUCUGUUUGUGAAAAUUAUGCUACUCAGCAUAAGCAGCAUUUUUUAUGUCAACUGCAUAUCUGCGAGAUACAUCUUUUCUAUCCAGUUGAUGAACAGAAGCUUGUCAUCAUUGGCCCAGAAGGCUCGAUAUACUUGUACACGUUAC